AUGGCCGUACGAGCACAUCGCUUACAAUCCGCGAAACCUCUGACAAUUUCACGAUGGUGGAGCAAUGGUUACCAUGGUCAACCGAUUGCGUUUGUCAGUCAAUCGGUGCUCUUCUAUGCUACGGACGAUGGUCUGCGUUUUCAUGAUUUUAUCGAUAAAGAUUUUCAACAAUGCACAACAUUACAAGCGAAUGGACAGGGUGUUGGAGUCAUAGCUGGUAAUGCUGAUGUGCAUUUAUUCGCUUACGCUGAUUAUCAACAUCCACCUGUGAUUCACUUACGUGAAUUUCCUAUGAUGAGUGAAGUGAAACAAUUUACCAAUGGAGCAGAAUUAGAAUAUACUGCAAUAGAAUUCUCUGCGACAGAUGAAUUAUUAGCAUUGUCAAGCGCACCGGACUAUCUGCUAACGAUUUGGAAUUGGCGUUCGGGAAUGAAAUUAGCACAAUGUGAAACAAGCAAAAAAGAAUUAGUAGAAAUUUGUUUUAAUCCGAACUCCUGGAAUGAUAUUGGUAUACUCUAUCGUGAUCAGAUUAAUUUCUAUACCUGUGAACGACGAAAUGACAAAUAUUCUCUUUUCGAAAGACAAUUACCAUUAGAAUUGUUCAAUCAAACGAUCGCACACAAUCGUCCAACAAAUCAACCAUCGCAGCCGUAUGAUCACAAAAAAAUUGCUGAUGUUAUUCGACUAUAUCCAAGUCGAUUUUCAUAUACUUUAAUCGAUAGCACCAUCGGCAUUGAUCAAGGUGCGAGCGUUCAACUUGUUGCAUUCGAUACUGAAAAUGAAGAGGCAUUUCAAGCAUACGUCGAUGAACGUGCCGAACUUGUUGCCACAUCGUUCUGUUGGGGUGACAACGGCUAUGUUUUCAUUGGUACAUCAAAUGAUGCACUUAUUCAAGUUAUUCUUCAAUUUGAUCGCGAACGACAACCUUUUCGUACAACACUUUUCGCCGGCGAAGAAGCCUCGAAAACUGCAAGUUCACUUGGCGUGUUCAAAACGAUUCGUUUACACCAACAAGGUCUAUUCUGUACCGGUUCAGAUAAUGUCGUUCGAUUAAUCACAUUUGACAAGCAUGAUGGAGCAUUGCAAGAUGUGAACAAUGUCAAUGACUUUAUGGAAUUAACAUCAACAUUGAAAUCGAUUGCAUUCAAUCAAUCCUACGAUAGCUUAUUUGUUUGUUCAACUCAAGGUAUCGAUAUGAUUGAUUUAUUAACACAGGAACAAAGACCAGUGGCGUUAGUUCCCGUUUCCCUUGGUAAAAUCGUCGAUGUGGCCAUUCUUAGUCCAGCCAGUGAAUUGGCUGUCACGGUGAGAGACACAGGCGCAUUAGAAGCUUGGUCAAUGGCAGACGGUACAAGAAAAUAUUCGACAAAGAUCGAUAAUCAAUCGAUAAGUCACAUUGCGGCAAAUCCUGUCUUACCUCUGAUUGUCGUAACAACAAUUACGGGUUAUUUUUAUUUUUUUGAAGUUGAUACUCAUGGUUUUCGCCUUUUACAUCGUAUUCGAGUGCAUUCCAAUGAUGUUCGUUGUAUUAAAUUCAAUUCUCGUGGUAAUAUUCUCAUCUCAGUUGGCCUCGAUAAUAGUUUAUUCAUCAUGGAAAUGAAAACAGAAGAAACAUCAGCUGAAGACAUGUUUCGUAUUAUCUAUCGAACCGAUCUGGAAGGUGAACCAUUUGCACUGGAUUCCGACGAUUUUACCAAUCAAAGACACGUGAAUGAAGGUCCUAAUGAAACACAAAUUGAACUGGACGAUGAGCAAAAUGGCAAUACGAAAGAGAAGCUGGCUGAAACUCGCAUUAUUAUUGCAUUGACGACAAAAACAGAAAAACAUGGUCGAUUUCUCAUCGUAGAUUUUGAUUGGCAACAAUAUCGAGAGACGCGUAAUUCUUCAUUGGCUGAUACGAUAAUCAACGAUUCGAAUACGAAAAUAAUUACAAAAACAGUCUUUGCCAUUUAUGAUACCAUCGAAGAUUUUCUUAUCACCGCAAGAAAUCAAUUGAUCACAAUCGGAGGAAAAGUUCUACGAAUGUGUCGUAUACCGGAUGAAACUGGAAAGAAUAAGACUGAACGGCGUGGACGACGAGGCGCAGGCAAAUUGAUCAGCGUCGAGGCACAAGACUCACUCGCUGGUUUAUCGACUCCGGGUGGUUAUUUAUACAAAAACAAAUCCGUUCCAUCGUGGAUUCUCGGUGUUAGUCGAAGUGGAAUUCUCUCGACUAUUCGCGCUUCAAAUAUGGCAGUCGAAUCAUCUGUCCCAGCACAUAGUUCGUUGGCCGGUGGUUGUCAUAAAUCAGCAUGGAGUGUGGAUUCGAAAUAUUUCGUUUCAAUCGGUGAAGAUAAUUCGAUUGUUGUUCUUCAAACCAAAUAUGCUGGUCGGUUGAUGGCCCGAAAUGGUUAUUCAACAGAAGAAUACAAUCGUAUUAUGAGAAAUUUUCACCAUAUGCCAACCUAUGACAAUGCUCCAUUAUCUCUAUACGAAACUCUCUACGAUCGAUUUACGACUUAUCAAACGAAAUUCGAAAGUGCCAAUAUGACUCCACCAUUGCCGCCAAAGGAAGAUGCGUCAUGGAUACAAUUGAAAGAAUACGAGGCAGCAUUGCAACAUCUCGAUGCACAUUUAACGUCGAAAAUUGAGAUUCGUACUGAACUUGAACAUAUUCGAAAAGAUAUUCGUGAUCUGAUGGCAAUUAAUGAUAAACGUGAAGAUAAGGCUAAACUUGACCGACGCGAAUUUGAUUUGGAUGCGGAAGAGCAAGAUCGACAACGAAAAGAACGCGAAGCACUAAUCAACAAAAUGCGAGAAGAAACCAUCGCACAAAAUCUUACUCGUCUAAUGAAACGCGAAGUUAUCAAACAACAAUGCUGGGACGCGAUGUCUGUUAAAGGUCGAUGCAUCGAAGGUAUCAUCAAUCCAAUUCGCAAACCAAGCGCACCAGUUGUAGUGGAGAAUUAUCCUCUGAUACCACGUAGUCUCGAUGAACUAGAAACUAUUCGUCAAGUGAUAGAACGACGUCGAAUCGAAAUUGCCGAGAAGAAAUUACGCCGACAAAUUUUUGCAGAUAAUCCUGACCCUAAUGGAACAGAAGGAGUAACAACAACGCGCCCCGAGGCACCUGUGACAGAAAAUGAAGACGAACAUGAUAAACAAGUAACACGAUCGACUGCAUUAAUUGGCUCAGUUUGCAAUGAAUUUCAAGUGGAUAGCUCCGUACUUUACAAUCAAUUUGAACUGUACACUCAAGAACAAAAAUGGACACAGAUUGCUCUAUUGAAUGACUUGAUCUACAAAAUCAAAGAAGCGUUCAAUAAAGAAUUCGAAAAUGUACAUCAGCGUAAAUUGCAAGAAUUAGCGAAGAUUCGCGAGCGAAACAUGCGUAUCAAGCAGAUUAAUGCUGAUCUCGAUGAUCCAAGUCCUGUUUGGGAGCCUGAUUUGACUGAAAAGGAAAAACCACAAUUACUAUUCGAAGUCAAAGACUCCGAGAUCAAAUCCGAACGAUAUUACACACCAGAGCAGUUGCGAAUAUUGGAAGAACAACGUUUGAAUGAAGCACGUCGACGAGAGUUAGAACGACUUGAUAACUGGCGUGAACGAGGUUUAAAUGAUAUGAUGAACGGAGUGUUACAAGUCCGACGAGAAGAUGAAUUGAAAAAGGAAAUUCCCAAACCAGCUUUUGCUUUGGAAAAAGCCGAAGAAGAUUGGACGGAUGCAGAGAAACAAGCAUAUCAACAGUAUCUACAAAAAGUCAAAGAGCAAAAAGAAGAAAGAGAAAAAUUACGAAAAGUUUUAACUGCAGAGUCCAUGAAAAUCAAUGAACAGAUUCAAGAAAGUUGCCAGGCAUUCGAACAAGUUCUCUCACAACUACAUCGACGACGCAUCACUGCUCAAACCGCUGUCCUUCAAGAAGAACUGAAAAUUAGUCGAAUCAUCUUCUCUCUAGUGAAAGAUCGAUUGAUUCUUCAGUUAGAAGAUACUUAUGAGAAUCGCGCGAAGUUCCUGGAAACGAAAGUCCAGGAUCUCGAGCUUUCAAAACGCGCUUUGGAAGAUGCACUUGUCAAAGUCGACGUGGAAAAACGACGGUUAAAAGCAGAAGAUACAUUCGAUAAACAAUUUCCACGCGAAUUCGCUGACGUCCCAUCAGUCCUACAAGAUUCAUUGAAACGUUUGUUAAUAAAACGAUCAAAAAUGAAACAACCGAAACCACCAGAAGAAUACAAUCCAUAUUCAGCCCGACAGGCACGUUUAAUUGAGCUUGAACUUGAUCGAAUUCAAUCAGAAGCUGAUUCAUUCACCAAUGCCCCGACGAAUAUUGUUCGAUCUGUUUGGGAUCGUUUCGUCGACUUCCGAAGAAAACGCACCGAACUCGAACGACAGUUACGACUACAAGAACAAGAAGAGACGAUGAUAAAAAGUUUACGAAGUUUACGUGAUGGUGAAUUAAAUCGAAAAAAUAAUGAAUUUGACCAAUUACAAAAUAAUCUCAUCACAACAAAAGAUGCGCGCAUUGAUGAUAUUGUUGAUCUUUACGUUCAAAUUGUUCUUAGACAAGGUCAAGUUGAAAUCGAAUCCCAACCCGCUGAAUUGGCCCCGAAUGAAUACCGAAAUACCGAUGCUGAACUGAUCCAUCGUCGUGAAAUCGAAGAUUUGAAUAAAUCAAUCAUUGAAUCAGCCAACUUCAAAAUUCGCCAAAUGGACAAAUCUAAAGGCGUUAUCAAUGAUAUAACAUCCAUGUCAUGGGAGAAAGAGAAGUUAAUUUAUGAGAUUGCUGAUUUGAGACAACGUGCACAGGAUAUUACCUUUCUGAAAGUAACAAGAAACAUCCAAGAGUAUCUUGCAUGCCCGAAUGAUGCCGCAUUUGAAGCUCAAAAACAACGUGAAAUGCAAAUGUUAGAAGCUACGAUCGAAAAAAUGAAAGAACGUUUUGCCGAACAACAAGUUCUCAAAGAAGAAGAUGUACAAAAACUACAACGUGAUAAUCUCUCGAUAGCAAAUGUCACUCUAGCUGUCGAUGAAGCUCUUCAGAAUGCCAAUGUGAACUUGUACGAAAGAAAGAACAUCAUCGAUCAACGAAUUAUCGAACAAUCGAAAGUUGAACAGCGAGAACGUAUGCAUCAGGUCGUUCGCCGUCGUCGUCUAGUGGAUCUAGCGAAAGCACAGGCUCAAGAAGUGGCAUAUCUACGUGCUGAAGUUGAACGUUUACGCAUGAAAACGUUUCCAGCACUCGUUCAAAUUGAACAUUAA